AGCUCCCACUUUUUUUUCAGUCCGACGGACAGCUUUGGAUUGAACGGUUCGCGAGUUCCUGGACAAAAAAAACUACAAACCGACGGAGCAAGAAGGAAAAAGUGCUGCAACCGUUUCGACUUCGCGCUGUUCUAACCAUUUACUUUCUUAAAUAAAAGCCGGCAGAAAAAUAAAAAAAAAACGAAUAUAUAGAAGCUUUUUAGAAGUUUCGACACCCGACUCUCGUUUGAAUAACUGCCUUAAAGUGCAACGAACGGGAGAUUUCUCGGCAGGAGCACGAGGAUACCUUCGUUACUAAACCACUAAAUCCUAGUCCCUGGGGUCACCACCAUGUUCAUUCCAGCCGCACAGUCUGCGUACAGGACGCUGCGCAAGACGCAGCCACGCGUUGGACUUUACUACCUCUUCAAGAAUGGCUAUUCCAGCAAGGUGGAGUACAAGCCCAUCCGGUCUGUCCUGGUGGCCAAUCGAGGCGAGAUCGCCAUCCGCGUGUUCCGUGCCUGCACAGAACUGGGCAUCAAGUCGGUUGCCGUCUACUCCGAGCAGGACAAGAUGCACAUGCACCGACAAAAGGCCGACGAAUCGUACAUGGUGGGCAAGGGUCUUCCACCGGUGGAGGCCUACCUCAGCAUUCCAGAAAUUAUCCGUGUGUGCAAGGAGAACGACAUUGACGCAGUUCACCCGGGCUAUGGUUUCCUUUCCGAGCGCAGUGAUUUCGCCCAGGCGGUGAUUGAUGCCGGGCUUCGUUUCAUUGGACCCUCGCCGAAGGUUGUCCAGAACAUGGGAGACAAGGUGGCAGCCCGUGUGGCCGCCAUUGAGGCCGGCGUACCCAUUGUCCCUGGUACAGAUGGCCCCGUGACCUCCAAGGAGGAAGCUCUGGAGUUCUGCAAGAAGAACGGCCUCCCUGUGAUCUUCAAGGCUGCCUACGGCGGCGGCGGACGUGGCAUGCGUGUGGUCCGCAAAAUGGAGGAAGUGGAGGAGAACUUCGAGCGUGCCAGUUCCGAGGCAAAGUCUGCCUUUGGCAACGGUGCCAUGUUCAUCGAGAAGUUCAUCGAGCGUCCACGUCACAUUGAAGUUCAGCUGCUGGGUGACAAGGCCGGAAACGUGGUGCACCUGUACGAGCGCGACUGCUCCGUGCAGCGUCGCCACCAGAAGGUCGUGGAGAUUGCCCCUGCUCCCAGACUGCCCCCAGAAAUCCGUGAUAAAAUGACCGAAGCCGCUGUGCGAUUGGCCAAGCACGUGGGCUACGAAAACGCCGGAACUGUGGAGUUCCUCUGCGACGAAUCCUGUGGAAACUUCUACUUCAUCGAAGUGAACGCUCGCCUGCAGGUGGAGCACACCGUCACCGAGGAGAUCACGGGCAUCGAUUUGGUUCAGUCGCAGAUCCGCAUUGCCGAAGGAAUGACUCUGCCCGAGUUGGGAUACACUCAGGACAAAAUCCAGCCCAGAGGCUAUGCUAUCCAGUGCCGUGUCACCACUGAGGAUCCAGCCAAUGAUUUCCAGCCCAACACCGGUCGCCUGGAGGUGUUCCGUUCCGGCGAAGGUAUGGGUAUCCGUUUGGACAGCGCUUCUGCCUAUGCUGGCGCCAUCAUCUCGCCCUACUACGACUCCCUGCUGGUCAAGGUGAUCUCCCAUGCCAGCGAUUUGCAGAGCUCCGCCUCCAAGAUGAACCGUGCCCUUCGCGAGUUCCGUAUUCGCGGAGUGAAGACCAACAUCCCGUUCCUGCUUAACGUGCUGGAGAACCAGAAAUUCCUGCACGGCGUCUUGGAUACCUACUUCAUUGACGAGCAUCCCCAGCUGUUCAAGUUCAGACCAACCCUGAAUCGUGCCCAGAAGCUGCUGAAUUACCUGGGCGAGGUACUGGUAAACGGUGCCCAAACCCCACUGGCCACCACUCUGAAGCCGGCUGUUGUUACUCCCCAUGUGCCUGAGGUUCCACUGGACCUGUCGCCGGAAGCAUUAGAACGUGAAGAGCGCGGCGAGGCCAAAGUGACGGAGCCACCAAAGGGUUUGCGUGAAAUCCUGGUGACAAAAGGCCCCGAGGCCUUUGCCAAGGAGGUACGCUCCCAGAAAAACCUUCUGCUCAUGGACACCACUUUCCGUGACGCCCACCAGUCGCUUCUGGCCACCCGUGUCCGAUCCCACGACUUGCUCAAGAUCUCUCCGUACGUGGCCCACAAGUUCAACAAUCUGUACUCGCUGGAGAACUGGGGCGGUGCCACCUUCGAUGUCGCUCUCCGAUUCCUGCACGAGUGCCCGUGGGAGCGGCUGGAGGAGAUGCGUAAGCGUAUUCCCAACAUUCCCUUCCAGAUGCUGUUGCGCGGAGCCAAUGCCGUUGGCUACACCAGUUACCCGGAUAAUGUGGUCUACAAGUUCUGCGAGCUGGCGGUCCAAACUGGCAUGGACAUCUUCCGUGUGUUCGACUCCCUGAACUACCUGCCUAACUUGAUCCUCGGCAUGGAUGCCGCUGGAAAGGCGGGAGGUGUGGUUGAGGCUGCCAUCUCCUAUACCGGCGAUGUUGGUGAUCCCACGCGUACCAAGUACGAUCUGAAGUACUACACUAAUCUGGCCGAUGAGCUGGUCAAGGCUGGAACUCACGUUCUCUGCAUCAAGGACAUGGCUGGUUUGCUCAAGCCCGAGUCUGCAAGACUGCUCGUCACUGCCAUCCGCGACAAACACCCCGAUGUGCCAAUCCAUAUUCACACUCAUGACACCUCCGGUGCGGGCGUAGCCUCCAUGCUGGCCUGUGCCCAGGCUGGUGCCGAUGUUGUGGACGUGGCCGUUGAUUCCAUGAGCGGCAUGACCUCACAGCCUAGUAUGGGUGCCGUUGUGGCUUCCCUGCAGGGCACACCCCUGGACACCAACAUCGACCUUCGCACGGUGUCUGAGUACUCUGCCUACUGGGAGCAGACACGCACCCUUUACGGUCCAUUCGAGUGCACCACAACGAUGCGUUCCGGCAACGCCGAUGUCUACCUCAACGAGAUCCCCGGCGGGCAGUACACCAACCUCCAGUUCCAGGCCUUCUCUCUGGGUCUGGGAGACUUCUUUGAGGACGUGAAGAAGGCCUACCGGGAGGCCAAUCUUCUCCUCGGUGACAUCAUCAAGGUGACGCCAUCGUCAAAGGUUGUUGGAGAUCUGGCCCAGUUUAUGGUGCAAAACAGUCUGACCGCCGAUCAGGUGCUGGAGAAGGCCGAGGAGUUGUCAUUCCCCAAGUCUGUGGUUGAGUAUCUGCAGGGAUCCAUUGGUAUUCCCCACGGUGGCUUCCCCGAGCCGCUGCGCUCUCGCGUUCUUAAGGACAUGCCGCGCAUUGAGGGACGUCCCGGAGAACAGCUAGAACCUUUGGACUUGGAUAAGCUGAAGAAGGAUCUUAAGGAAUCUCACAGCAGCAUCACAGAUCGCGAUGUCAUGUCGGCGGCACUCUACCCCCAGGUUACCAACGAAUACCUGGUCUUCCGCGACCGUUACGGUCCCGUGGACAAGCUGGACACGCGCAUCUUCCUCACUGGUCCGAAGGUAGGCGAGGAGUUUGAUGUAUCUCUCGAGAAGGGCAAGACGCUGAGCGUUAAGGCUUUGGCCGUAUCUGCCGAUCUUAAGCCCAAUGGCAUUCGAGAGGUCUUCUUUGAGCUUAACGGACAGCUGAGAGCGGUUCACAUCUUGGACAAGGAGGCAGUAAAGGAAAUCCAUGUACAUCCCAAGGCCAACAAGGCGAACAAGAGUGAAGUGGGCGCCCCCAUGCCCGGUACAGUCAUCGACAUCCGUGUCAACGUUGGCGACAAGGUUGAGAAGGGUCAGCCCCUGGUGGUGCUGUCCGCCAUGAAAAUGGAGAUGGUGGUGCAGGCACCCGUUGCCGGUGUUGUCAAGAAGCUGGAGAUUGCCAACGGCACGAAGCUGGAGGGCGACGAUCUGAUCAUGAUCAUCGAGUAAGCCUCCGAAACAACGAGGUGAACAAUGUCCAAGCUGCCAGCGCACACCUUAUGUAAAUUAAGUCUAACAGUGAUAAUCUUAGGAAUUCUGUCAGGGAAACAGACCCGAAAAUUGCUCCUUCGCAAUUUCCAUAUUUUGUUAAAAUUGUUACGUGAAAGCUCAGGCUUUCCGCUCCCGCAGGCUUUCCGUGCUCGGUUCCCAUUUCGACUUCAUAUGUAAUUUAAUUAUAAAUUUUGUGAUUUAUGUAUAAACCAUUUUUUUGUCAAAAUGUAA